AGUGUCAGUGUUUGCGUCAGUGAAUGUGUGAGUGAGCGCGAGUGUGCCAGCGGAGGGAUUUCUAAACGAGUGUGAAAAGAGAACAGAAAAAAAAAAUAUAUAUAUAUAUAUAUGUUGUAGAGAAAAUUUUUCCCUACAAGAGUACAUUGCAUUCUAACCUUCUCUUGGCAAGAUCUGUUAGUCUGGUGGUGGAGACUCAGCUGCAAGAUUAACUCUCCCUGUUAUGGCUCCUCCUCGAGUUGAGUGGACUGAAACCGUAUUCUGAAACGCUUCGGACUCAUCAGUACGGUUUUGUGAAGCAGGAGGUGGAGAGAUGUUGGGCGGCGGGGCUGGUGACCGCGCCGCGUCCGCCAGGAGUGUCCAGCUCAUCAUGUAUGUGGUGGGCUUCCUGGACCUGGCUGGCGUGAUGAUGGUCAUCCCGAUGUUCGUGACACACCUGCGGCACCUGGGCUUGUCGCCGCUCAUGAAUGGCGCUAUCCGAUCCUUCUACGGCGUGCUGCAGCUGGUGUUCUCGCCGCUCGUGGGUCGGUGGAGUGACCGGUACGGGAGGCGGCCUCUGCUGGUGAUGUGCCUGGGGGUGUCCGCCCUCAGCUACCUGGUUCUUGGUUCCUCCGCCUCCAUCUGGGUCGUUAUUGGAUCCAGAAUUGUCACUGGAAUCUUCAAGCACAGUACAACGUUGUGCAAGUCUGUGUUAGCGGACGUCACGCCUCCCGAGGACAGGCCAAAGGUGAUGGGCAAGUUCAAUGGGGCCAUGGGCAUCGCCAUCAUCCUUAGCCCGGCCAUCGGGGGUCAUCUGGCUCACCUGGACAACGGGUUCGCGAUUGUGUGCAGUGUGAGUGGCGUCAUCUUCCUCGGCAACUGCGUGGUAUGCCUUGGCCUCCUGCCGCACGAGUUGCCGCUCCACGCUCGGCAGACUGAAGACGACCAGUCGAAAAAAGAUAUCGCAGCCAAGCCUCGGAAUGAAUGGCUCUCGCUGCUGUACGAAGUUGAGUGGAAGGUGUUCGGUGACAUCUUUGUAGUGGACUUCUUUCUGACAUUCGCCGCUUACGCCUACAGGGCAAGUUUUGUUCUGAUAAUUGACCAAAUGUUCGCCGUGAGUCCCACCACGAUUGGCUACAUUAUCUCUUUUCAGGGCGCUAUCGGAGCAGCGGCAGGAUUCUUUGCUGGCCGGCUGUCGCGGUUCCAAGGCAGCUCUCAAAUGGUGCUGUUCAACAGUGCGUUAGUGCAGGCUGCUUCUCUCCUCGGCCUUACCUUCGCGCCCUCGAUCCUGCUCAUUGUCAUGCUGCUGGUGCCCCUGAGCGUGAGUGCGACCCUUAUCCACACCGCCACCUCCACCCUCAUCAUUGACCGCUGCGCCCCAUCCAAGAUUGGCUCAGUGACUGGCGUGGCCCAGGGCAUCCCCGCCAUUGCCGGCAUGACCACUCCUGUGCUGGCAGGCCUGGCGCAGGAGGCUGGAGUGCGCGGGCCCGGUGUCCUGGCCUCGAUGGCUGCCUUCGUCGGUGCCGCAGCAGCAGGAUGGGCAGCUCACUACAGGCACACCACCAGGCAGACAGGGACAUAAGUUACGUAAGGUGGCGGGUCUCGGUUAUCUGGUAAAUGUAAAGAUUAAACUGUAGAUAUUGA